AUGUUCCGUCCCGAAGACAGGAAGAACCGACGCAGAUCACCUUCCUGGACGGAUGGAUGGGGUUCCCCACAAGUUCCCAUGCUUGUUGCAGAUGUUGCCAAGGAGAAUCCAAGAUUUGCUCAGAGGCUAAAGGCUGUUCUGCAGUCUCCUGAUAAAGAAAAGCGACAGCUGUUUUCAGACAAUCAGGUAACGAGUAUCUUAUUGUGCUCUUUCAUCAUCAUUUCUGCUUGUCCUUGA